GUUUUGCCGCCGCGCACCGUAUAGGCCGCCGAGCGCUAGCUCGUGGUCCGGCAGCCGCGAGGCAUCACUGUAAGAGGCCGCCGCGCCGUACGGUUGCUCCACCGCGUCGUCGGACGCCCGAGCGGCUGGGGAGUCCAACCGGUGGGCAGCCACAGGGCAGCCAUGCCGCCGCGCAGCCCGAGCGGUGACGACGACGAGCGGUCGCCGCGCACGCCGCGCGAGGACGACGCCCGCAGCACGGCCUCGUCGCAACGGUCCGCGCACAAGGACGACGACGACGCCCGCAGCACGACGUCGAGCCGGCGGUCCGCGCGCAAGACGCCACGUGAUGAAGAGGACGACGACCUCGCGUCGGUCCAGUCCGAGCAGGACGCCGCCGUCGCGAAGGCUCGGGCCUUGCGCCUAUUACUAGCCUUCGAGGACUCGGGACACAAACUGAACGACGUCCUGAAAAGCAAAGACUACGACGCCGAGGCUUUGUUGGAUGCCUUCGUGGGCCGGGAACAUUUGAAGGAGCUUGGUAAUGAUGAAUGCGAUGCAUUGAUAGCGAAAGCCGGCGACGGCGUCAAUGUCACGAGAGACCAACUCGGCCACUGGCUCAAGCUGGAACGGUCGCGGCUCUGCGAGGAGCUCAUGCAGCGCCUCGCGCCGGCGCCCGCGCCGGCGCCGGCGCCGGCCGUGCCCGAAGGUGAAGCGGUACCCAUGUCGCCGCUGUCGCCGGCGCGCUCCGAUAUAUCAAACGGGAGCGACCUCGGUGAUUUAUUAUUUUCGCGCCUCGACACGCUGCCGCGCGAGGCCGGCGCGGCGGCGGCCGCCGCCGAGGCUGCGGCGCGGCAGCGGGCGCGGGAUCGAGCAAGAGCUUUGGCAAGGCGCCACCGGCGCGCGGCACGCGAGGGCCGCAUCCAGAAGGGCGACUGGGCCCGGUCCUCUUUUAGACUACAGCCCGUCGUCGAGCGGGCGCCGCUGACGAUGGACACGGCGCCCGUUUUUUGCAGUGUUGUGAAUGACCUUGAACGUGGCUCGCGGCGAUGGCGUCUUUGUGAGCCCACGAUGCCGUCGACGUGACCGUCAGAGAGUCUACGUGAACGUGGCGUGGUCGCGUCGAUGGCGUCGAGCGGUGCCACGUCGCCCCGACGCCGUCGAGGCGGCCGCACGAGAGUCCAAGCGCCUCGCGAACGAUCACGACGGUAUCAACACGCAGGUCAAGGUCCAGGCGGCCUACCGCGGCUUCAAGAGCCGCGUCGGUAGACGUAGAGACCGGCGCGCGGCGCGGGACAUCCAGACGGCUUAUAGAGCGUCGAAAGCGCGCUUCGCCGCCAAAGUCAUGAGAAGGCGACGAAAAAGAUUGGAGAGAGACAGCAACGAGCGCCACGAGCGUUCGAAACGCUUGCAGCAGUUGCGGGGCGAGUUGGAGCGCUUGAAAGCCUCACCGGCCGAACUCGCCUCAGCAUAUGCCACGGUCCAUGCUAAAAGAAGGGAAGAGCGCUUGAAGAGGUGGCGCGACGAGGAGGCGGAGAUCAUGAAGGACCUUCCGGGAGACGACUACGUCAAUGAAAAUGAUAUUGUUUGUGACUACUCCGUCGCAUCGUCGACGCCGACGAAGAGUAGCAAGGAGGGCGACUCCGUCGAACAAGCCAUGAAUCCGGAGGAGAACAAGGAGAACAUAUCUCUAGAAGACGCGGACGCUGUUGAAAGGCACACGAUCAAGAUGUACCGCCAGUCACUGAACGAUGAGACCUUUGCGGAGAAGGUCGCGGCAGGCUUGGCUGUGGAGCUGCCUCCGACACUCGUAGGACCGGACCCUGAUAGUAAAGAGGAGAAAGACCUCCGAUUGAAGGAUCUGCGGGAGCGCGUGGAGAGGAAAGCACAUGAAAGGCAAGCGAAAUCAGAAGCGAAAGGGCUGGAGAGUGUAGUAGAUCCGAGAGGCACGCCGGUCAUGAAUUUCGGGGAGCCCCUCAAGUGGAUUCCGUCCAAGAAGUUCAAGCGACGGCCCAUGGUCGCGUCGCUACCCGCGUGGAAAUCAACCAGUGCGUCGGGCGCACUGGCCCUGUCGAGCAGUGAGGAACCAGCAUGAACGCACCGUAAACUUUUGAUUUCCACGCAGGUCGCUGCUGAAGAAGGCCCAGGAGGCCGAGGAGCAGGGGCGAGAUGGCGACGAAGCCAUCCAGGCGGAGAUGAAGCCGUUCAUGGAUCAAGCGAGGGAGGAGCUCGGCAAGUCAAAAGAGGAGCCUCCGAAGCAGAAGAAGGACAAGGGUUACACGCCUGGCUUUGUGAACAACAAGGGCGAGCAUGUCGGCGUUACUCUCGAUAGUUCCGGCACGACGGGUGCGCAGAAGACCUACGUCGAGUACUUCCAGGCCCGAGCUCGAGCAAGGGAAUUGAUGGUGGCCAAAAAAGCGACUGAUGGCGAACGGGAGAAGAUGCGUGCUGAAAGAGCCAAGAUUCUGAAGCGGGCCCAGGGCUUGGUCGAACGGUUACAAAACCCGCCCAAGAUCGAGUUGUCGGAGUCGUUAGGCGAGCCCGCGGACUUGGACCUCAACGAUCCCGAGGAAGGUAGUGACGAUCCCCGGGGCUGGUGGCGAUUACCACCGGCAGGCGAGGAUCGCGAGCGAGCCCAACAAGCCCAUAAAAACGCGGUGGAAGCCCAUGAAAAUAGGGACAAGUGGUUCUACGCGUCCGUGCCGGAAGAUGCCUCGACGGUCGGUAUUGAUAUACGCAAGGCGGGCCAGCCGAACGUGCCCUGGCCUUUUCCUUCGAAGCACCUGAAAAACGUUCCGGGUCCGGAACCGAUGGAUCCCGACACGGCGUCGCUCUACUGGUGGAACUGGGCGCGGAAGGGUCUUGACGACGACAUCGACAAGCGGACCGAGAAGCUCCUGGAGCACGCCGAGAAGCAGGCUCGAGCGUUGGAUUUAUCUGAUGAGGGGACGGAGGCGGCGGUCGUCGCCGCGAGGUGUAGAGUGGUACUAGCUGCGAACGCGUCGAAGGCUACAUUGAGGGAGCACUCCGAGGCGCUGCUGGAGCGAGUACGAUUAGGUCCUGCUGGAAGGUUAUUACAAGCUCGGGAACAUGUGAAAGAAAGAAGGAAACACGUCGACCGCCUCGCGGAGCAGUACAAACUUUACUUGCUCGGCCAGAAAUUACUCGGUAAAAAAGCGGGGCCGUCACCUUGGGCCGAAAAGAAGGAUACGUCUUCAGACAAACUGCGCGAGCGGUAUCUGAUCCAACUCCAGGCCUGGUGGCGGGGCCAGGGCUAUCGAAGGAGGACCUUCCGGGAGAAGCGCGACCGGCGGGUCGUGAACGCUUUAGCUACGCUAGUCGCGGAGUUGGGGGGAGACGCGUCGGGCGUCGCCGCCGCGGCCUCGGGCCUGUCCGACGUCUUCUCGCAGCGCAAGAAGGCCGCGCCGCCGCCGCGGGUGCCGCCGUCGGCCGCGCGCGUCUCGCGCGCCACCUCCGCCGUGCGCUUCUCUUCUGAUGAAGCGCCUCCAUUAUCACGGCCGCCGUCCGUCGCCUCGUCGCGGCGGCCGUCUGUUGAAUCAGUGCCCGAGGCCGCGCCGCCGUCGCCGUCGCCGCGGCCCUCCGUCUCUGAGGUCGCCGACGAGCCGCCGGCGUCACAAGAGUCGAGCGCGCGCCCGACGCCGCGGCAGCAGCUCUUUGUCGCAGAAACGCCAGCCGUCGUCCAGGAGCGGUCCGCGAAGGUGCGCGCGGCCGAGGCGUCCGCGCAAGCGUCCGAGGAGCGGCGGCGGAACGCGACGGGGGCGAAGCGGCUCGCCGACCCCUCCGCGACGGGGCCGCCGCGGCUCUAAUUUUAUAGUUUGGAUCAUA